GAAAGUGCAGCCCCCUGGGUGACUCGGAGCGGCGGGCAGCAGUUCUAUCCGACGUCUGUCCGGCCAGUUAAGUUCAGCCCCAUCGCGCGCAGCCGAGCCCAGCCUCGUUCGCAUCAUGCCGGUCAAAGGAGGCACCAGGUGCAUCAAAUACCUGCUCUUCGGAUUUAACUUCGUCUUCUGGCUUGCUGGGAUUGCGGUCCUUGCCAUUGGACUAUGGCUCCGAUUCGACUCCCAGACCAAGAGCAUCUUCGAGCAGGAAGCGAACCAUACCAGAUUCUACACAGGAGUUUAUAUUCUGAUUGGAGCCGGGGCCCUCAUGAUGCUUGUGGGUUUCUUGGGCUGCUGUGGAGCCGUGCAAGAGUCCCAGUGCAUGCUGGGAUUGUUCUUUUGCUUCCUCUUGGUGAUAUUUGCCCUUGAAAUCGCGGCGGCCAUCUGGGGAUUCGCCCACAAACAGGAGGUGAUUGACGAAGUCCAGAAAUUUUACCAGGACACCUAUGAGAAGCUGAAAAAGGAUGAUGCCCACCGGGACACACUGAGAGCCAUCCACUAUGCGUUGGACUGCUGUGGGAUGGCCGGAGGCUUGGAACAAUUUAUUGUCGACAUCUGCCCCAAAAAGGAGUUGAUCGCAACCAUCACAAUAAAGCCCUGCCCUGAGGCCAUCAAUGAGGUCUUCCACAACAAGUUCCACAUCAUUGGCGCAGUGGGCAUCGGGAUUGCCGUGGUGAUGAUAUUCGGCAUGAUCUUCAGCAUGAUCCUGUGCUGUGCGAUCCGCAGGAACCGAGAGAUGGUCUAGAGUCAGCACACCUCCCUGAGCAGGAAUGUUUGCCCUGGCAGAGUUUUGAAGGGUUUUUUUGGUUUUGUUCAGUUUGUUUUUGGGUUUGUUUGUUUUUGCCACUAACUUUCAUAUUCAUUCUGCAUUUCUAAACAAGAAAACUCUAUUCCCUGUUUGUCUUUUUAAUACUUUAUUUGACAUUGACAUUUAUAGUUAAGGAAUUUGGGUGGGGGGGGUCCCUUCUUUUUUCUUUUUAUUUUUUUGCUUAAGCAGAAAUCCUGCAAUGAAAGGUACUAUAUAUAUGCUAGACUCUAGACAAAAUAUAUUGUACAUAAAGAGAAUUUUUUGUCAUUAGAUAAAAAUAUCUAUCACAUUGAAUCAGGUUGUAACUUAUGUUGAAGACAAUUUGAUACAUAAUAAAAGAUGAUGACAAUA